AUGUUAUUAGUUGAUGAAGAGGGUACUAAAAUUGAAGCUCAAGUUCCAAGUAGGUGGGUAUUUAGAUUUGAAAAGAUGCUUGCUGAAAAUGAGACUUAUUAUGUUGAGAAUGUUGGUGAUAACACUACGGAUAACAAAUUUGUGAUUAAUUCAAACAAAUUACAUUUGUGUCUCAUCACAAUGGUUACCAAAUCCAAUGAUUUUGUGGGGCCUAUGUACGGUUUUUCUUUUGGGAACUACCAAACAAUCAUUGAAAAUAAUAUUCCAGAAAAAACACUAGUUGAUGUAAUUUUGGUUACGUGCUAUUAUAUUUUCCGAUGGAGACUUUUAUGCCGUUUGUCUUUUUCAAAUUGGUACUUUGUUACCAAGCUUUACAUCAAUGAUAACAUAGAAGAAAUCCUAACAUUCAAGAACACUUUGGUUUCCAAAAAUUCUUUUGAAAAUAAUGACUUCAAGCCCAUUACUGAAAUCCAAGAAAUCACAAAGGUAAGCCGAGUAAUUGUGCUUGGUACAGCUUUUAAGAAAAAAUGCACAAGAAUUGCUGGAAUGUUUUUUAAUGAGGUUGGUAAUAACCAUAUUUUCCCCAAGUUUACAAUUGACCAGCAUGUUGAUUCUGACUCUUUCAACACUGCAACCUUUGAAGUCACAUCUCAAGAAACUACCAAUUCAAAGGAUGCAAUAUCAUUCACGGGAGAUAAUAUCACUCCGGCCUCUAAUGUUGAGAAAAGCACAACGACAAAAUAUGCAUAA